AGCAGAAAGCCACUGACUCACGCCUCUCCUCUGGUUACUUGGGAGUCAGCUGCGAACCAGCAAACUCCGAAACAGCCGCUCUGACUGCAGCGAGCAUUCGCACGGCGCGUUCGGUCCCUCAACUGCUGCACGCGGAAUUCCAGUUGCCGUUUUAACGCGCUUUAAAUUCUGUCAAACAGCACGUCAUGAUGGAAACUAUAGAGCGAGCGGCAGUUUUAACGGUCACCAGCACUUCGGUUUAGUCGUUGAUGGGAUUCUGCAGCUUGUCUGUUGUUUCUUCCUGAGGAGAUUAAACUCGGAGGAUCUUUUCGAUAAAAUUAAGUGUCGGUGAUACUCGAGACCCACCAAACCAAGUGUUUUAAAACGGCGUCUGGCUGUAUUUGUGGAGUGAGUUGGGAUUCCUGUGAAGGUGCCCAUCAUCCGCAGUGUGAGCGCGACUGCGGCGGUGAGGUGAAAUCCGCAGCGAGAACAGGUACAGAAUGUCCCCAACUUCACGAGAAGCCUGAAUACUGAUACAGAGCACAGGUAACAAGUAGUGGACAGAGACACUCUUCCCAUAGGGCAACAGGACAAUGGCUUCCCACAACAGGAAAUUGAACUGUUUCACUUUUUCUUGCUGCAUCAUUGUCCUGCUGGUUCCCCUCGUGGCUACAAGGCCACAACAGCCUUCAGCGGCAUCCAGAGUACAUGAGGAAUACAGCACAUUCCAGGUGGAAAACCCUGAAUGGACCUUUAACCAUCUUGCGGUGGACCACAGAAAUGGGAAUGUGUACCUUGGGGCUGUGAACCGCAUUUACAAACUCUCACCUGGGUUGGAUGUACAGGUGUCACAUCAGACCGGCCCAGAUGAGGAUAACCGGAACUGCUACCCUCCCCGAAUAGUGCAGCCUUGCAGCGAACCACUCACGUUAACCAACAACGUCAAUAAGAUGCUGCUUAUGGACUACCGUGAGAACCGGCUGUUGGCUUGCGGCAGCCUGUACCAGGGUAUUUGCAAACUCCUCCGUCUGGAUGAUCUCUUUAAGCUUGGAGAGCCCUUCCAUAAAAAAGAGCACUACCUCUCUGGUGUCAAUGAGAGUGGCUCCGUUUUUGGGGUCAUUGUGUCUUACGGUGACGCUUCACCUGAUAAGCUAUUCGUGGCCACAGCUGUCGACGGAAGACCGGAGUACUUCCCAACAAUAUCCAGUCGUAAGCUCACCCGUAAUUCUGAGGAGGAUGGGAUGUUCGCCUACGUCUUCCACGAUGAAUUUGUUGCCUCCAUGAUUAAAAUCCCAUCGGAUACAUUCACGGUGGUACCAGACUUUGACAUCUAUUACAUAUAUGGGUUUAGCAGUGGAAAUUUUGUGUAUUUUCUCACAUUGCAACCUGAAAUGGGAGGAGGCCCAACGACUGGGUCAUCCUCGGCCGGGCGUGAACAGGUGUACACUUCCAAACUAGUGCGACUUUGCAAGGACGACACUGCGUUUAACUCAUACGUUGAGGUUCCUCUUGGUUGCGUUAAGGGUGGGGUUGAGUAUCGCCUCCUGCAGGCGGCCUACCUUUCCAAGGCAGGUACCAUUCUGGCACGUUCGCUGGGCAUAGGACCCGAUGAUGACAUCCUUUAUGCUGUGUUCUCCAAAGGACAGAAAAGGAGGCCCAAGGAGUCAUCUCAGGAGUCGGCUCUAUGUGUGUUCACUCUGAAAGAAAUUAAUGAAAGAAUUAAGGACCGGCUGCAGUCGUGCUAUAAAGGAGAGGGAACCCUGGAUCUUGCCUGGCUCAAAGUUAAAGACAUCUCAUGCAGUAGCGCACUCCUCACCAUCGAUGACAACUUCUGUGGUCUGGAUAUGAACGCCCCACUCGGCGUCUCAGAGAUGGUGCGCGGAAUUCCACUGUUCUCCGAAUCCAAUGACAAAAUGACAUCAGUUAUCGCCUACGUGUACAAGAACCAUUCUCUGGCUUUUGUGGGGACCAAAGGGGGUCGUCUGAAAAAGGUAGGACUCAUGUUUCUUUUGCAGGAGAGUGAGAAACCACCGAGUUGA